CAUCUCAACUAAAUGCGUUCAUUAAAAUGGACAAAAUAUAAAUACUAUGAUAUAAUUGAUUUAUCCAGGAAAUAAAAAGUCACCAAAGUGGAACCCCAAAACGCAAGCACCAAUGGAAGAGAAGGGCGGGCUAAGCUGCCGUCUUUGAUUGGAUGCGCAUCUUCACGGAAUCAUCUCAACAGAGAGUCAAUAGAGUUGAGAGUCAUGGUCACCAUCAACGAAACUGCGGGGAGGGGCACCAACUUCUCCUAAGUUUUCUUGCAAUCCCGUCCAAACCAAAAACCACCGCUGCUGUUGACCAUUGGAGGUCAGGUCAAGAAGUUUCAGUCUCCUAUUCAGCUGCUGCUGCUGCAGCCUUCAGACCGAGAUAAAAGGGAAAAGGGGGGAAGCCACUUGAACGUAAUUUGUGAAAAUCUCACCCAAGUAUGGCGUUGAAAGUUCUUUCGGCUCUUGACAGCGCGAAAACUCAGCUCUACCAUUUCAAGGCAAUCAUCAUCGCCGGCAUGGGACUAUUCACCGACGCCUACGACCUCUUCUGCAUCCCUCCCAUCAUGAUUCUCAUCGGACGGGUUUACUACGAUAAAGAGGUCGAUAAGUAUCGGGUCCCACCCGGCGUGGUCUCGACCAUGGUGGCCAUCGCUCUGCUGGGAACUGCGAUCGGUCAAGUGGUCUUCGGCAGGCUCGGAGACCAAAUCGGUAGGCGGCGCGUGUACGGGACCGCAUUGCUAAUUAUGGUGGUGAGCUCCCUCGCGUGCGGGUUCUCGAUAUGCAGGAAGAGGGGUUGCGUUCUGGCGAGCCUGGGGCUGUUCAGGUUCGCACUGGGCCUGGGAAUCGGUGGGGACUACCCGUUAUCGGCAGUCAUCAUGUCUGAGUUCGCGAACAAGACGACACGUGGAGCGUUCAUAGCGGCUGUCUUCUCGAUGCAGGGAUUUGGAAUUUUGGCCGCUUCAACGGUCACGAUGGUGGUGUGCGCAAUCUUUGACCGUCUAUCGAAAGUAUCCCCAUCUGCUGCAACGCCUGAUGAGGCUGAUAUCGCAUGGAGGCUGAUACUGAUGCUGGGUGCGAUUCCCGCUGCCUUAACAUUUUAUUGGCGAAUGAUGAUGCCCGAAACUGCCAGAUAUACAGCUUUGGUGGCUCAAAAUGUUCCCCAAGCGGCUAGAGAUGUGCAGAAAGUGUUGGAAGUUCCAAUGAGUGAGAUUACCGAGGAGAACCCAGUGCCUCUAAAUCCACCAACCUAUCCCCUAUUCUCCAAGCAAUUCUUUCAUCGCCAUGGCCGUGAUUUAUUAGCUUGCUCCUGCACAUGGUUUCUUCUUGACAUUGUCUUCUACAGCAGCAACCUCUUCCAGUCCCAGAUAUACGAACACUAUCUCCCGAACAGAGACAAGGUGAAUGCCUAUAAAGAUGCUUUUGCAGUUGCAAAAUUCCAAGCAAUUGUUGCAGCCUGUUCUACCAUUCCAGGCUACUGGUUCACUGUCUAUUUUAUUGAUGUCGUUGGAAGAGUCAGAAUCCAAGCAAUAGGUUUUCUCUGCAUGGCACUGGUUUAUCUAGCAAUUGGGAUACCCUACGAAAUUCAUUGGAAGAAUAAUACAAAUGCAGGGUUCAUGGUCCUCUAUGGCCUCACCUUUUUCUUUGCAAAUUUCGGACCAAACACAACCACCUUCAUAGUGCCCGCGGAGCUUUUUCCAGCAAAAUUUAGAACAACAUGCCAUGGGAUUUCUGGUGCUGCAGGGAAGGUGGGGGCAAUCAUUGGUUCUGUUGGAUUUUUGUGGGCUUCACAUAAAGAUGAAAAAAGCUAUCCCGAUGCAAUUGGAAUGACUGCAUCAUUGAUAUUGCUUGCCGGAGUUUGUCUUGCGGGAAUGGUGGUGACAUUGCUUUUCACGCGUGAGACCAUGGGGAGGUCAUUGGAGGAGAAUGAGAAUGAUCAAGAUGGACCUGGCGAGCUGCGUUUGGGUAGUAGAUAUUCGUCUUGGAAUGAAGCUGGUGCUGCAUAGUGGGA